CUCCCUGUCUCUCCCCCGGUUACGAAUGCAACGUUGUGUCAAAAUUUCAAAGCAAUCGGUGAAAAACUUACAGAGAUCUUAGAUGACUAACAAACGAACAUUUACAUUUUUAUUUAUAUAGAUAUGGAUUCCUUCAUCUCAAAAUAAUAAUAAUAUAGCACUUAUAAGUUUCAAAAGACGCGUAAGCUUUGAAAAUUCAAGGGGGACAAAGCAAACAGCCGAUGUGAUCUGGUUCUCUAAUCCGAACAUCGAUAAUGUUACAUUGUCGUCUACGGUGACAAGGUGUUACAUGUUCGCAUCUUGGCGCGGUACGCACCCACACUAGGAAAGUAGGUAUCUCAAAAUAGUGUAUGCCGAAAUAGCCGUGCGUAUAGUUCUCGCUAAACGUAGACACACCAUCAGAACUCAGUAACUUCGAGUCUGUGACCAGGGGAGUAUGUUCUCCAAUUAGUGAUAUAAUUAAUUUUAUAUUAUCUUUGUGCAUGAUUUUGCCAAGAAAUGCAGAGUAAUUAAUACAAGAAUUAAUCGCAAAAUAUUAAUAAAGAAAAUUUAUGUUGUGAAAUAUGAAAGUAAAUAUUAACGGUUAUUGUAUAGAUAUUAAUAAAAUAAUUUUGUUAAUAUUAGAAAAUCUAUACUAGUUAAUUCUUGCUAAAUGUGAUUCUGCAUACUCAAUAUAGAGAUAUAUUAAAUAUGUAAUUAAAAUUCUCUACAGUUAAUUCUAUAAAAAUAAAUAUAUUAAUAUAUUAUCAGAGUAUAAGAUCAUCCAAGUGUUCUAGUAUCAUUGAUUAUAAUUAUGUUCAACGCGUGUAAUUCUUAAUUGUUAUCACGCGUUAGUAAUAAAGAAAAAUAACUAAAAGUAAUAAAGAAAAAAAUCAUGUCGGGAAAUGAGCUGGAACCAGAAAUUGGUGGAUUUUUCCGCUCGAAUUUAUUAGCGGUGAGAAAGGCGAUUCGUCAACAAGACUUCAAGAAAUUUGCCGCCCUCGAAUCAAACGCCGAAAGGGUGGCUUUUAUUUUGAGCUAUUCUGAAGCUCAUAAAUUACCUCUGGAGGUAGAGAAACCUAUGGUCAAGGAUCACGAGGCUGCUGUUCAAUUGAAGAGCAUAGGGAACACAUUUUUUGGUCGCGGCGAAUUUGCGAAGGCCUUGGAAGCGUAUUCAAAUGCAGCUCUUCUAGCACCAUCAACAGAAUUAAGCGUCAUUUUGGCAAAUCGCUCGGCUACAUUGUACCACUUGGAGCAUCACGACUACGCGUUGGAAGACAUCGAGGAAGCUUUGCAGCUCGGAUAUCCGAAGGAUCUUUUCUAUAAACUCGAAGAGCGACGGGCUAGGUGUUUAUUGGGUCUGAAGAGGCACGAUGAUGCGAUAGAGGCGUUUAGGGGGGCUCUCCAAGCCCUAGAUAACAUUAGGAUACCCUUGGAGCGUAAGCAGAAGUACGAGGCGGACAUCAGGGUGAUGCUCGCAGUAAUGGACAAGGGUAAACGGCUCAAUGAAGCCGCUGCGAAGAAUUCUUCGCGUGUUCAUGAAAAACAAAAGUCUAAUACGGAGGAUAGAGUCAUCCCGGAGAAGAAGAGGAAUCCCCUGUAUCCCGCUUGCAGCACAGCGGUGGAGAUCAGGGACGACGGGGGUGAUAUAGGUAGACAUGCCGUAGCGACCAGGGAAAUAGUACCCGGCGAGAUCGUGAUCGUCGAACGACCGCAUUGCGCGUUUCUGCUAGCAGAAAAUAGGCUCACGCAUUGUCAUCUGUGCUUCGCGAGGAUCUUCGUGCCGACACCCGCGGCUUGCCGCACUUGCAGUUGCAUUGCAUACUGCAGCCGCCGCUGUAGAGACGCGGACGCCCAAGUGCACUCACGGGAGUGCAAGCUGCUACCGGUUUUGUGGCAUUCAAAAGCUUCGGUCACAUGCUUCCUGGCUUUAAGGGCGAUCACGCAAAAAUCUUUCGAGGAAACUAUGAGACUAAAGGAACGGCUCAGAAAUUCCGAAAGUGCGUCGAAGAUCUCCAUUGAGAAUCCAUAUCGAGGGGCUGAUUAUGCAAAUACCUUUUAUAAUUUAGUUACCCACGAAGAUAAAAGAUUGUCCGAGGAUAUUUUUCACAGGGCUUAUAUGGCGGCCUGGCUGCUUAGAUUGUUAAGAGCUGGCGAAUAUUUGGAAAAUAUAAAAACCGCCGACUCAGCGGACAGUAAAUUGUCAGAUGAAGAGUUAUUUAUCGCGGAGCUACUGUUACACAAUUUGCAGUUAUUGCAAUUCAACUCGCACGAAAUUUCAGAACUGGUAAGGCCGAAAGGAGAAAAGACACUCGCUAAAGCUAAGAGUAUGUUCAUAGGCGGUGGAGUUUAUCCUACAGUAGCGAUGUUAAAUCAUUCGUGUAAUCCUGGCGUGAUUCGAUAUUUCAUCGGUACUACCAUGAUUGUUCGCGCUAUUCGUACGAUCAACGCAGGUGAAGAGAUCUCCGAAAAUUAUGGCCCUAUUUUUACGACCACACCCGAGAUUGAACGAAAAAGAAAAUUAAGGGUGCAAUAUUGGUUCGAUUGCAAUUGUGAGGCGUGCUCGGGGCACUGGCCGCUUCUCGACGAAUUAGAUCCAACAAUACUCAGAUUUAAAUGUGAGACUGGACCAUCUUGCGGCAAUGUAUUGUUAGUCAGAAACGACACGAAUGAAUUUAUGAUCGGAUGUGCAAAGUGUGGCAAGAGUACGAACAUUCUGAAGGGCUUGAAAGCUCUACAGGACACGGACGUGCUUUUCAGAGUCGCAUCAACGAAUCUCGAGGAAGGUAGAAAUAAACACGCGUUGAAAGCGUACUUGGAGAUCUUGAAGCUACUGGACGAGACCUUGGCUUUACCUAUUAGAGAUUAUCACGUUUGUCAGCAAGGAGUCAGAUUAUGUGCCCUUGCUUUAGGCAAUAUAGCUUAUAUUUAACGUCAUCAUAGAAAAAACUACAAAAAUUUUUUAGACUUUAAUCUUUCUGCUGCAAAAUAAAAUAUAAAUUUUUUCGGUAAUUAAAUAUAACAAAUUUGAUUAAUUUUAAAAUUAAUUUUCUACCAGAAUGCUCAAAGAUAUUAAACAAAAGAUCCCGUUUAAAAAUAUAUAAAAUGUUUCAAAAUUUUCCUUAUAAAAAAAAUAAAUUUACGUUACCAUAGCUUUUUUGGGAAAAAACAUACCAAAUAUUGUUCUUCGCCAAUAUGAAGAUAGUGCAAAUAUCGUAUUCACAAUAUACAAAGGAAAUUUAAUCGAAUUUUGCACACUUAUUAUUCACAAUUUAUUUGUUGUGUCUUAAAUUUCUAAUACAAGUAUACAAAACAAUUAUGUCAAAAAAA